CCGCACAAACUCACUGCUGUUUGAUCUCAAACCGAUAAAUUGGACGGAUCAUUUCGAAAAUUCUGAAAAUACAAAAUGCCGCUACAAGUAUCGACAAAGGAAAACGUUUCCCGUAAUCUCGAGACACUCAAUAUCAAGGAAAACCCCUUGACUUCUCCCUCUCUUGAGCAAGCUACUAUAGGAUCCGUUCGUUAGUAAAAUAUGUUGCAAAACAUACAAUACUGCGUACUAGUCGUUCAAAUGACCGCACCGAAGUCUUUUCCGAAUUCAGCAUCUACUCUGAUAACUUCAUUCUAACCGACAAGUCUUCAGACGUAUCACUGAGAUUAUUCUACAUGUUGUCAAUCAAAUGGCUAGUGCUGUAUCACCAAAGAAGUUAUGCCUCUCUCCAAAUAUUUCACAGGGCAUGAAUGGGAAGAGGAGAGAAGAUGCUUCAAACAAUCUUUUCAGGGUGAGAAAUUGAAAGCUGUUCGAAAAAUUGAUUUGAAAGAGAACACUUUUGAUCGGGAACUUGAACCAUUGCUGAGAGAAAAUCCAAGACGCUUCGUUAUUUUCCCAAUUCAAUGGCCAGACAUUUGGAAAAUGUACAAGAAAGCAGAAGCUUCUUUUUGGACUGUUGAAGAAGUGGAUCUCUCAAAGGACUUAUCAGACUGGAAGAUGCUAAAAGACAAUGAGCGACACUUUAUAUCGCAUGUUUUGGCCUUCUUUGCAGCAUCUGAUGGAAUUGUCAACGAGAAUCUCGUCGAGCGAUUUAGUCAGGAAGUUACUGUAACGGAAGCACGAUGUUUUUAUGGUUUCCAAAUAGCCAUGGAAAACGUCCAUUCCGAGAUGUACUCCCUUCUCAUUGAUACCUACGUCAGUGAUACUAAUGAAAGGGACUUUUUGUUCAAUGCCAUCGAGAACCUACCUUGUGUCGCAAAAAAAGCUAACUGGGCAAUAAAUUGGAUCAAUCAUGAUAGUGCAAAUUUUGGAGAGCGAGUCGUGGCCUUUGCAGCAGUAGAAGGAAUCUUUUUCAGCGGUAGUUUUGCUGCCAUAUUCUGGCUGAAGAAACGCGGACUUAUGCCUGGGCUAACUUUCAGCAAUGAACUCAUUUCCAGAGACGAAGGACUCCACUGCGACUUUGCAUGUCUCAUGUUCAAACACAUCGUCCAAAAACCAUCGCAAGAAAGAGUGAUAUCUAUAAUAAGUGAUGCUGUUGCAAUCGAGCAGGAAUUUCUUACAGAUGCUCUUCCAGUUGACAUGCUUGGUAUGAACUGCGACCUCAUGUGUCAUUACAUUGAAUUUGUUGCCGACAGACUUCUUGUCGAACUUGGCUGUCCCAAAAUUUACAAUUCAGAGAACCCGUUCGAUUUCAUGGAGAAUAUUUCGCUCGAGGGUAAGACGAAUUUCUUUGAAAAAAAGGUCGGAGAGUACCAAAAGUGGGGAGUAAUGAGAGAGAAAACCGAGAACGAGUUCACAAUAGAUGCAGAUUUUUGAUUCCGAGGACACGGCAGGCUCCAGCUGAGCAUAUAUAAAUAACCUUCCGUGUUCACAAACGGUGAUGAUGAAAGUGAUGACAAUACGGUCUUUCUAAACGAAUAUCUUAAUCUCAUCUGCGACUCAAAGAAACUACAUCAGACAAAAAAUUUAUACAUCGUGUAAAAGAACUUAUUUCGUAAGAUUCAUCGGAACAUAAAGUGAUGUUAAUUUAAUUAGAUGAUGAUGAAUCGAAGCUAUUAUUUCGUUCGUAACUCACAUUAGACGACAAGGUUCCCUUCCAUUCAAAAUCUAUCACCUGUUCAAGACUAUUUCUUUUCCUAUGAACAAACUUACAUUUAAGAUGAUUGAUUUCUUUAUUUCUGCACACAUUUUUACAUUCUAAUGACAAUUUCAAAACUAUUUGACCACUAAUGUAUCUUCGUUGUAACGUGCAAUUAUAAUUCUUAAAUGGGGAGCUUGUGUUGCAUAGAUUUUUUUUACUUGAAGCAAAAACGUUUCAAGAUAUUAAAGGCGCUCAAAAAAGCCUGAAAGAGAAGGGGAAAUUUGUUUUCGUCUUUUGUUAUUUCUUUUAAUUUACAAAAAAAUCCUCGAUUGAUUACAAAAAUAUUUGUUUUCAGUAUUUUAUAGGUCCAAUAAGCAUAACAGAUUUAUUAUUGCCAUAACUAAGAAUUGAAAACGAUGCGAAUAAGAAUAAAUGAUAAUCUACAUUUUUAUCUCUGGAAACUUUCGAACCAAAAGGGAGGGAAAGAAAUAUCACGAAUCGUCACCAUUAGACGGAGAUGAACGAGACUUCAUAUACAAUCAAUAAAAGUAAUUGCCGCUCUCGAUCGAUAUGAAAGAAAACAAGAUCUAAAAUAAUAAUACAUUCGCAGUUUUACAAAUUUGGGUUACUAAGUAUUUAGAAUUAUCUUAAAAACACAGAUACGUAGCUUUUAUUGCCCAACGAGACGCUGCGAUUGGAUUCUUACCGAAAUUCGUACGGUACCGUUGGAAAAGUUGAUUCUUAUUUUAUUUGAAUUUACAAAUAGCUUUCCAUUCGUGAUUACUAGAACUUGAUUGAUUUUGAAUGAAAGUCUGACAUUUUUUGGAGCGAUUCGGCCUGCUCGUUGGGAAUACUUCGUUUUAUCAACAACGUACCAUAACGACAACAUUGUAAUAAAUAUUAAAUAUGUAAUAAAUUAGAAAAGAGGAUAAAUAAUAAAGGCAAAACGUAAAACAUAA